GGCCCUUAUAUAUCCCCUCCACCAUUCUACAUCCGAACUUGCGAGACUCGCGACCAUGAAGUGGCUUACCUUUCUUCUCGUAACCCUGAACAUAGGGAUCGGAACAUCCUCAAUCAUCUCCUUCUCCCCCCCAACAAACCCAUCCAUCAUCUACAGCCUCACCAUCCCCAACACCACCACCCUCUCCACCCCCGGCCCCAUCUACCUCCAAAUCACCGCCCCCACCACCCUCCAAUGGAUCGGUCUCGGCCAAGGCGCCCAAAUGACCGGCGCCAACAUGUUCCUCCUGUAUACCUCCUCCGCAUCGAAAAUCACCCUCUCCCCCCGUUCGGGCCUCGGCCACUUCGAACCCCAAUAUACGUCCUCCACUCAACUGACCCUCCUCCCGGGGACGGGCAUCACCAACAAUGGGAAUGGGAAUGGUUCCACCAUGACGGCCAACCUCCGCUGCGAUAACUGUCUCACCUGGCAGGAUGGCACGGGACGCAUGUCGCCCCUCGAUCCGGACUUUCCGUUCAUCUGGGCGUAUAAGGUCGGGGUACCGAUUAACUCGGCCGCGUUGGAUGCCGACCUCUCGAUCCACGACGAGAUGGGUCAAGUUCGGGUGGAUUUAACCAAGGCUGCACUCCCGGAUACCUUCUACACAUCAUCAUCAUCAUUAGGAUGGAAUGAAAGUGGUAGUAGUAGUAGCAGCAACCUCAGCACCCUCACGAACCCAUUCGCAUCCUAUAACCCAUCCACGGACUCGAUCUCCGCCCUAUCGACCCCGACACCCACCGGGCCCCAUAUUCCAAAGAAUAUGAAACAGGUGCUCAUCGCACACGCCACGCUCAUGGCUCUGGCAUUUGCAAUCCUGUUCCCGAUGGGGGGGAUGAUCAUGCCACUCCCCGUGUCUCUCCCCGUGCAAAAAAUCACUCUCCAUCGGAUCACCCAACUCCUGACCCUAUCCAUUACAUUGGCGGGUUUCGGAGCGGGGGUGUAUAUCGCCCACGCCGCAAACCAACUGCGCAACCCGCAUCCCAUUAUCGGGAUGAUUGUCGUGGGAGUCCUUGUCCUCGUGCAGCCAAUUCUGGGAAUCCUCCAGCAUCGGAAUUUCAAGAAGGGGAACACGGGGGGGCCGUUCGGGGUAUGUCAUCGGUGGGUGGGCCGGGGGGCCAUGGUAUUGGGCAUGGUGAAUGGGGGCUUGGGGUUUCGGUUGGCCGGGGUCGGGGGGGUGUUUGCCCCGAAAGGCGCGGUGGUGGGGUAUGCGGUGGUGGUGGGGGGGGUGGGGAUUUUGUAUUUGGGGGUGUUGCUGUGGGAUUGGGGGGUGAAGGGGAGGAGGGAUGAGGAGAGGGAGGGAGGGGUUGGUGGUGAAGGGGAAAGGGAUGGUGGUGGUGGUAAAGGGGAGGAGGGUGUUGGGGAGAAGCCAGGAGUGGUCAUGGAGGAGAGGUGA